CACGUGACGCGGGUGGGUGUGUUCUUCUUCCCUGGAUGCACUGCGGCGUUUUAACCAACUUUCUAAGAUGGCGGCCGUGCAUCUGAGGAUCGGCGAUUUGGUUUGGGGGAAGCUGGGACGGUAUCCACCUUGGCCAGGAAAAAUAGUAAGUCCACCGAAAGACUUGAAGAAACCGAGAGGAAAAAAAUGUUUCUUUGUGAAGUUUUUUGGCACUGAAGACCAUGCUUGGAUAAAGGUCGAGCAGCUGAAGCCUUACCACCCCCACAAGGAAGAAAUGAUCAAGAUCAACAAAGGCAAGCGUUUCCAACAAGCUGUGGAUGCAGUGGAGGAGUUCCUCAAGAAAGCAAAAGGAAAGGAACAGGCAUCCCACAAUUCCAGUAAUUCAGAAGAAAGACACAAAUCAAAUGCCGCAGACGUAAAAGGCAGAAAAAAUGCUGCAAAAAUGGUGAAAUUGCCACUUGAUGAUGAUGAAGACCUUGGUUUGCGCCGACGAGGCCGCCCUCCAAAAGAAGACAAGGAUUUAACAGAUCCUGAACCUUCCUCUGUACAGCGAUUGGUGGCUGGAACAGUUUCUGCAUUUAAGUGGGAGAGUAAUCAAGUAAAGGAUGACCCUCACUUCCAUCACUUUCUGCUCAGCCAGUCAGAGAAGCCGGCUUCUUCAUUGGAACCCAUCAGCAAGAGGCUGAAGGUUAUUGAGGAGGACACUGGAUCUACAUCUAUUCAAGCAGCUGAUAGUACAGCAGUCAAUGGCAUUAUCACCCCUACAGACAAAAGGAUAGGAUUUCUUGGCCUUGGAUUGAUGGGGAGUGGAAUAGUUUCAAACCUCUUAAAGAUGGGUCACAUUGUCACAGUCUGGAACCGCACAGCAGAAAAGUGUGACUUGUUUAUCCAAGAAGGAGCCAGACUAGGGCGAACUCCAGCAGAGGUUGUGUCUAUGUGUGAUGUCACUUUUUCCUGCGUUUCAGACCCAAAGGCUGCCAAGGACCUUGUGCUUGGCCCCAGUGGUGUACUGCAGGGAAUUAGACCAGGGAAAUGUUACGUUGAAAUGUCCACUGUAGAUCCAGAGACAGUCGCAGAAUUAUCACAGGUGAUCACUUCCAGAGGGGGCCGCUUCUUGGAGGCUCCGGUGUCUGGGAGCCAGCAGCUGUCCAAUGAUGGGAUGCUCGUGAUUUUAGCUGCUGGAGACCGAACGCUCUAUGAAGACUGUAGCAGCUGUUUCCAAGCUAUGGGAAAGACGUCUUUUUUCUUAGGUGAGGUGGGUAAUGCUGCAAAAAUGAUGCUGAUCCUUAAUAUGGUGCAGGGGAGCUUCAUGGCGACGAUUGCCGAGGGGCUGACGUUGGCACAAGUCACCGGCCAAUCACAGCAGACCUUCUUAGAUAUUUUGUGUCAAGGACAGAUGGCAAGUUCUUUCCUGGACCAGAAAUGCCAAAAUGUGUUGCAGGGUAACUUCAAGCCUGAUUAUUAUCUGAAACAUAUUCAGAAGGACCUCAGGUUAGCCAUCGCAAUGGGCGAUUCUGUCAAUCAUCCAACUCCAAUGGCGGCAGCAGCCAAUGAGGUCUAUAAAAGAGCAAAAGCACUGGACCAGUCAGACAAUGACAUGUCUGCAGUCUACAGAGCCUACAUUCACUAAAUCCUACAGAAGUAAUUUAAACUCUGGACCACACUCUUUGAUUUUUCCAUUUCCUUUUUUUAAGUAAUGUUCUUCUGCCAACCUGGAAAAAGUGAUUUUCCCCUGGUGUGAGAGUGGAGCAUUGGUUAAGUAGCCAAACCUGAGUAUUGCACUGACUGUGAUAGAGCAGCACGUCUGGAGCUCAGAAUGAGGUUGGUCAACUCUGCUGAUCGCUGAGUUUGACCUCGGUCACGUUUAUGAAUGGGAAAGUAAUGCAGUGUGUAAUGUAUCAGUUAAACUUUACCCUUUGAAGAAAAUUUGUUUUCAGGGGAUCUAACCUUUUUAGGUUUCAUUGGUGAUACAUUCACAUUAUUUCUUUUAAAGUAUUUGCAGUUUUAUUUAAUUUUCAGUGUAACAAUUACCUAUCAAUGUCUGGAAUGGGAAGAUAUAUAUUUAUGUAAUUCUGUUAAUAUUAUGAUAAGGCUGGAGAAGCACCAAGAAAAUGCCACUGCAAUGCCUUAAUGUUGUAACCCCAAUAUAAUAGAUGUAUUUAUUUAUUUAAGACUCUUAAAACUGAAAAUGUAAAUGCAAAAGCAAAGUGACAGGUCUCACAUUUAGGAUAUUUAAAUGCCUUAAAAUGCAUUACCUACGUCUGUUAGAAUGAGACCUUUACUGGGAUCAGCCAUUAAAUUGACUGUUAAUAUUUAGCAUAACCCAAAUAGGUCUAUGGGAUAUCUUAAAAAAAUGUGAAUUGUAACUGUAAGAAAAUUUAUCUCUGUAAACAUUCGUUUCUUAUAAACUUUACCUUGUCGUGUCCACUUUAGUGUUAAAUUCACCACAACGGGCGAAAAAACCUGCGUUAAGAUAGCUCGCCCUUUUCAUUACAACACUUCACAAGUAGUUAUACGUGUAAUAAGUUGUCAUUUUUAAUUAUGGAUUGCUGUAGGUUUUUUGAGGGCCAAUAUUCAUGUGCAUAUGCAAGCCUUCCUUUUGCCUUAAUGCUUAAUGAAUCUGAGUGACUAACGUAUAGACCACUUAAGGGUCUUUUGAAAAUUCAGUUAACUUUAGGCAACACUAAGGCAGUGGGUGACUUAGAAUAAUAAAACUGCAUUACUUUGAGGUAGAAAAUAAAAACUACAGUUUUUAUCCAAAAUAAAUAUUUGGAUAUAUUUUAAAUGCCUCAUGUCCUGGCCAAAAAGUAUCACUUUGUUGGUUUACAGCUUCUUUCACUUUAGUAAAUAUUUACAAUAAAAAGCUGUACAUUUAAAUAGUUUUUCAAACCAUGAGCAACCUAUGCAUACUGCCACAAGUUAUUCGUUUUUUUAAUUGCUUUUGUUUUGGCACAUCUGAAACACAAAAUAAUCCUAGUUUUGCAUAUUUUAAAGAACAUGUUCUACCACCAAAUACAGAGUUGAGGUUAUUUGCUUAUUUACCAAAAUAGGAUUUAAUUGUUAGUCUGAGUGGUGGUGCUUAUCUAAGUUUAUGGCCAUCCCUUUUAUGUUCAUAAUUUAAUCCUUUUAACAAGUGUAAAUAGUCUGUCUUGAGUUUAAAGGAUACAUACAAUUACAUUGGGGGGUAUAAAAAGAAUUUAAUUACAAGAAAUGGCUCUGAACUCCUAAAUCAUGUGUUGUCUUAAUUACUGUAGAUGGUCCGUUGAGUGUUGACCAUUUAAAUGUUUCUUUCCUCUUAUGUUAUAAUUGAUUUCUUAAUAUGUGACAAUGAACAGCUUGUUGAAGAAAUAUCCAAUAAUGGAUAACUGAUUUACUAAUAAAUCUUUUUUGUAAAGAAGGUUUUGCCGUUUUAAGAUGUUCAUUUGGUAUGUAAGUGAAAUGUGAAUUUUUUGUGCAGUUAACAAGCUUCUCACAAAUAAAGAAACUUAAGUCUUGGGUGUAA